AUGGGUAACGGUAAUAUUAGCCAAGGUUUAAUUCAUCUUAAUCAAACUAAAACAUGUUAUCUAACUGGUGAUACCAUAUCUGGAACUGUUAAUUUAAAUCUUAUACAAGCCAAACGACAAGUUGAGAAAAUCUAUAUCGAACUUAUAGGAGAAAUUGGUUAUACAGGAACAAAAUAUACAUGGGAAAGAGCAGCAUUACCUACAGCUACAACUGCGUAUUAUCAUCCAAAAUUUUACAAAGACACAAUUAUUUUAACAAUACUCAAUGUUGAACAAGAAAUAUAUUAUUGGCCAUUUCAAGUUCGUAUCUAUAGAAAAGGUUCGAUAGUCAUAAAUAAAGUUAUAAAAUACGUAACAAAAAUUUAUCCACGUGUUAAUUUAUUAAAAAAUCUUGAAUGGUUAAAACCAAUUCACAAUACAUAUAUUGAUAACAAUGUUAUAUUAUAUGUUACUUUAAACAAAUCGGGAUAUGUUCCUGGUGAAGUAAUUUACAUGACAUUACAAAUUGAAAAUCCACGGAAAGCUUUAGUUCAACGUAUUGAUCUUUCAAUGAUAAGAAAGUAUAUAAUUCAACAAUGUAAAUGUAAAGAUAUGAUAUUUAAAAUAAAAUUACCAAAAAUUUUAAAUUUAAAAGACGAACAAAUACAAGAAGUAUUUGAUGUAACAAUUCCAUCUUUAUUAUUACCUCCAUCAUUUGUGUCUCAUGAAGAAAUUCUAGAAAAUGUUUACAUUGAUAUUUCUUAUAAACUUGAACUUGCAAUUAAAAUUCAAGGUAUUUUUAAUGAUUUUUAUGUUGAUAUUCCAAUUACAUUGGGAACAGAGUCAAAUCCUAAUUUUAAUCAACAGCAAAUAUUUAAUCCAAUAGUGAUUCCUGAUUAUUCAAUAUUUAAUAAUGAUGAUCUACCGCCUAAUUAUGAUUCUACUGUACAAAAUUUCGAAAGAUUGACCAUUCAAGAUUAA